AUGAUUCCUCAAAAAAGGCUACUCACUCAGGAGGAUAUAGAAAUCUGGAAAGGCUCCUCGGUGUGCGAAAACUUGGUAGAAUAUAUCUGCGAAUUGGCAAUUUCCAUUAAAGGGCUUAAGAAUGACCAAUUUGAGGAACCUAUCCACGAGUCUGUCGAAGGCUGCAUGCACCUUUUGGAGCAGGUCAGAAGCAUUAUAGAGAAAUUUCCAGUUAAGCAAGACGCGGAAACCUCUAGAUUUGGCAAAGUCGAGUUCCGCGAUUUUUACGAUGAGCUUAAAUCAACGUCGCGCGCCAUGCUAUCCCAGGAAUUUAAAAGCCUUAGCCAGUCCCAAGCAGAAGAAUUAGCAGUUUAUCUCACGGAAGCGUGGGGAGAUCGUGAGAGAAUUGAUUACGGUUCAGGGCACGAGCUGAAUUUUAUCUGUUUUCUAUAUGGACUGCGAGACUUUGGAGUUUUUGACAGCUCCCACAACAGAAAUGUCGUUUUAAAAAUAUUCAGCCAGUACCUGUCGCUUAUGCGUCUACUAGAGACUAGAUAUUGGCUCGAACCCGCUGGUUCUCACGGAGUAUGGGGUUUGGACGAUUACCAUUUCCUACCGUUUUUGUUUGGAGCUUUCCAGCUAUCGACUCACAAACAUUUGAAACCGAAAUCCAUUCACAAUUCUGACAUGGUAGAGAUGUUUGCAAACCAGUAUUUGUACUUUGGGUGCAUCGCUUUUAUUAACGAGGUUAAAACAACUGCUACGUUAAGAUGGCAUUCCCCCAUGUUGGACGAUAUCAGCGGCGUCAAAACUUGGUCUAAAGUGGCCGAGGGAAUGGUUAAAAUGUACAAAGUAGAAGUCUUGGGUAAGUUGCCAAUCAUGCAACACUUCUUCUUUGGCUCUUUUCUCCCCUGUCCUGAUGGCGUAUCCCCACCAGGCACACACGCUGAUCACGACCAUCAUCAUUGCAAGCACAAUCCUUUACAAAACACCUGGGGCGACUGCUGUGGUAUAAGAGUACCGAGCGCUGUGGCUGCCACUGGAAGCCAGAAAGGCGGUCCCAAAAGAUUACCAUUUGAUUAA